GUUAGGAAAACCCCAUUCCCUGUUUUCCCACUAGAUCAUCCCCCAAUCAAAAACUAAUAUAUAUUCUCUAAAAAACUCUCUUUCCAUUUCCCAAAAUUCACUCCACUUUGCCCAAACAAACUAGAAUUUCUAACCACACACCAAACACAAACACACACCAAAAAAAAGAAAAAAAAACAUGGCCAGGACAAUUGCCCCAACCAUGUUGUUGUUGGCAUUCGUACUCUGCACCUCAACAUUUUAUAAGGCGCGGGCGCAGGCUCCCGCCACAGCGCCGAGCCUGGGCCCGUCGUCGUCGUCGCCGCCAUCGUCACCACUGCCGCCGCCGCCGUCGUCGUUGCCGCCGUCCCCAACGUAUGGCCCCACGGCCUCGGCCCCGGGGGCCGACUGCACUACCCUGCUGUUUGGGAUGGCGGACUGCCUGUCGUACGUGCAGGAAGGGAGCAACGAGACGAAGCCGGACAAGGCGUGCUGCCCGGAGCUGAAGACGCUGGUGGACACGGCCCCACAGUGUCUUUGUGCGCUGCUGGCCAGCAACAAUAGCUCUGCAUAUGGGAUCGACUACGACAGGGCCACCAAGCUUCCCUCCGUUUGUAAAGUUGACACUCCACCAGUCAGUAAUUGUGCUCUUUUGGGAAUACCAGUGGGAGGUCCAUCAGGAUCUGCAGUUCCUGCAUCUUCUCCAAGACUCUCACCAGGCAGGUUACCUUCCGAAGGAGCUUCCACAGGCCCAACGUCAGAAGGUAACAAUGGCCACAAAGCUUCAACCGCUGCGGCCACAGUUGUAGCUGUGCUUGUUGGCUUUGCAAUCACAUCAUUUCCCACAUUCUUCUGAUCAUUUGAUGUCUUGUGAUUUAGUCUACUAUAUUUUUAUAUUUAUUUUAAAUUUCCCAUUUAAUCGAUUGUUGAACAGAAUGAUUUAUGCCUAGUGAGAAUAACAUUUGUGCUGUGUGUAGGAGGCUUUUUAUUUUUCCCCUUUCCAGAAAAGAACAAAAUAAUCCACUGUUUUUUUUCCCCCC